GCUCUCUCGGUGCGGGGGUGGCGAUUCGUGGACCGAGCGACCACGGCCAGAGCGCGCCGGCCACCGCCUGCACAGCCCUUCCGCUUGCCCUCCGGACGGCCGCAGCCCUGCGGGUCUCCGCUCCAGACCCACCCCCGCCCCACCCCGCGCGCCUCUGCCGCCUCUUCCAGAGAUCCAGCUUGCUGAGCGGCCGUCGCUGCCACUGUCGCCGUCGCCGCUGCCACCGCGCUAGAUUCCAGCCGCGGCCACUCUCUGCCGUCCAGGGCCCCUCUGUCCCGGUCCCGGGACUCCGGCUCCCCGCCAGCCCCGGCCCCGGCCCCGGCACCAUGUCCGAGAAGAGCGUGGAGGCAGCGGCCGAGUUAAGCGCCAAGGACCUGAAGGAGAAGAAAGAGAAGGUGGAGGAGAAGGCCAGCCGGAAAGAGAGGAAGAAAGAAGUGGUGGAGGAAGAAGAGAAUGGAGCUGAGGAGGAAGAAGAAGAAACCGCUGAGGAUGGAGAAGAGGAGGAUGAAGGAGAAGAAGAAGAUGAGGAAGAAGAAGAGGAGGAUGACGAAGGGCCCGCGCUGAAGAGAGCUGCUGAAGAGGAGGAUGAAGCAGAUCCCAAGCGGCAGAAGACAGAAAAUGGGGCAUCGGCAUGAGCCCCCUGCCAAUGGGCUGGGGGUUGGAGGCCCCUUGGGCCUGGAGGUGGGAGUGGGAAUGGACAAGUAUAGCCACUCUUUACCUGGCUCCCUGCUCUGGGGUCCCCCCCACACCAGAGCUGCCACCUUCUUCCUCCCCAGCCUUCUCAUUUUCACCUCUCCAGACACCGCCCCAUUCAUCCUCACUCUGCCAUUAUUCCACCUUCUGACCUGCUCCAUCUGAGCGCCCCAGCUGGUCCCCAAUCCUUCCUCUCAGUCUCCUUAAUCUCUUUCUUCUUCCCCCCCAGCCAAUCCCACCCUCCUCUGGUAGCCUCUCCUACCCAACCUCUGCAUUCCCCAGUCUCAGUUCCUAUCCCAUUUCUAUCCUGCCUGAUCCCUGGAUCUCCCUCAGAUCCCCUUUCUCUCAGACAGCGCCAGGCCGGGGUGGGGCAGUGGUGUUGGGGUUGGGGCCAAGCCCCACAGCUGCCCCCCUUCUUCUCCCCUUUUUGUAUAAUUUAAUAAAGAAAUGGUCGCGCUUCUGUUUUUAA